UUUUCUCCAGUCAUAGUUCUUUCCGAGUGGUCCAAUUUACGAGAAAGAAUGACUUCGGGUCACUAUUGUGUUCUACUAUCCCUACUCAUUCAUCUAUACUAAUGAGUAGUCGGUCGAUGGUUCAAGUUGGUAGGUCACUAUUACCCUAAUUCCACAAUGUUAGUGGUUAAUUAAAUAAGACCCCUGUUUGAGGAAGAGAUGCCAGUUUGUAUGACGAAAGAUGCCUGUGAACCAGUUCGCCAGUCACCAUCUAGGAUUACUUAGAGGAUGGUGGUGGUACACGGGAUAACCAAGUAAGAUUGCGUCGCAUUUUUGUGGAAACUGUAUACUGCCAAGAGUAGCAACACGGCAAACGCAGCGUGCACCAGUUGAUCGGGUGCCUGAGUACAAGAAGCAGAGUUCAGCAUGGAAAAAAGAGAUUGUAAUGAGGAUGAAUGAAGAAGUUGAGGAGGAAAAUGAAAGUGAGAGUUGGACACUGUUUGGAUUGUAUCUGGAACGAGCUUUCUACACUCUCAUCUCUACGACCACCAAGCAAGGCAAGGCCAGCCAUACUACUACUCUACCAAUACCGAAUAUAUAGCAACAACAGCUGUAACUGAAGCUACUAGCUAGCUAGCGAAGACCAAGGUCAUCCUUUCAUCAUCAUGUACGAAGGCAAUAAAAAGACUCGAGACGAUCAUCGACGACAAAGAGGUCUUUCCCCAAGACGAACUGCUAGCAACAACAACAAUCACAACGGCAGUUCUUCCUCAUUGACUGGAUUGAACGCCAUCAAUAGUCGUCUGAUUCACCGCGCAUCGGCACGAUCCUCCACAACUUCCUCUUCUUCUGGUGGUGCUGAUUUGUUGGACGACGCCAGUAAUCAAAGUCACGGUAACGGUCUCAACGCAUCGAGUAGUAGUCGAUUGAGCUCCAUUGGAGUGGGAAGAGCCACCAGCAUGUCGUCUCCAUUUGGCAGUCGCGAUCCGACGGCCAAUAGUCGCCGCAGUCAUAUUCGUCGCAGUCAAUCGUUCAAACGGACCGCGGGUGGAAGCACACCUCCGGCUGCGAGUAGUUUGUUGGGUGGCAUGACACCCCAAGAAUUGCUGGGAUCCAGUGAUCACGAUUUGCUUGGCAGUGAUUCCAACAUGUCGGUAGGCGCUGCUGCGGCACUCGCGACCAAUACGGCCGAACGCAUGACGCGACCACGGUUGACGUCCAAUACCAGUGGUACUUCUAUUGGUAGUAACAGUAGUGUGCCGGGGAGUAUCAGUACCACAUCCGCUCCGACCACAACAGCGACGACGACCGGAACAUCCUUUGCCAGCAAAUCGACUUCGACGCGUCAAUUUGUCAAGAACUUUUUGGAAGAUUACGAUGAUGACUACGACGUCAGUGGUAAAGUUGGUGGUGGUUCUUCUUCCAAUACUACUACUACUACUAACCAAGGAACGACGCAAUUCGACGCCCAAGCCCAACGCAACGUCCAUCGGUCGCUUCUCAAUCCUUCGUACGAAGAUGGAGAUGCCGCCGCCCGCAAAUUCAAAGCCGGUCGUGUGCCAUCGCUCUCGAGUCAGAAGGAUCAAGCAUCGAAAAACAACAAUAACAAUAACUUGUUUGAACGCCAUCAAGAUUUCUAUACGAUUGAUCAAUCCGUCAAUUUGAUGGAUGCCGAAGCGGGCAAAUACGAGAGCAAACAAAAAGGCGCCAGUAGUGUCCAACAAAUGAUGCACCAGAGCAUGGUGGAAAUCUUUUUACAAGAUUUGUCGCCAUCCAGCACGCAGGAUGGCAAGACCAAGAAAUCGCGGAGCGCUACGGGACCGUGGUAUCAUCCUCAUCGACAAGCCCAGUGGGAUCGCAUGUCGACAUGGGAAAAGGUGGUCGAUGUCGCGGCGCGUCUGCUGAUUCCGCUGUUUUUGUGUGCCAUGGUGGGACUUGUCGUGCUUGUCAUUGUUGUGGUCUAUUAUGGAAGUACUACGGUUCCAUCGUCCUCCAACGAAGUCGCAUCGGCGUCGGCCACGUCCAGUAGUAAUCCCAUUGAUGUCGUGCCGACUCUGCCCAAAGAACCCAUUGCUGUUGAAGAAGAACCCACCGAUCAAGUUGCCGCCAUGACCACGUUACUGUCGGAACUUUCCCUUGUUACGCCAGCAGACCUACAAGACCCCAAAUCGGCGCCCUCCAAGGCACUCCAUUGGAUUGCCAAAGAUACCAUUGCCCUGGCGGGAUUGCCCGUCAAUGGACGGCGUCAUCUUGGCGCACAACAAGCCGCCGAAGAGCAACUCGUCCAACGAUUUGUUCUUGCCGUACUCUAUUAUGAAUGGAUGCCCAAACAGGUCGGUGGCAAUGUUCCAGUGGCGGCGGCGGCGGCCGCCCGGGAUUCCAUGAGUUUGGAACCUGGCCACGCUGGACCAUCUGGACAAGCCAGCAAGACACAAGGACUCUGGUUGUCGGCCCAAUCCGAAUGCAACUGGAAGGGUAUCAGUUGUCACAAUGACGUCGAGGAUUUGCGGGCCCGUGCUACAACGACUAUUGAUCGCAGUGGUCCCGCUACUACGAUUAGUGCAAGUGCUAGCAGCAGUAGUCAUGUCCGCAAACUCAACUUGACCGGCCAUGAAUUGACGGGCACAUUGCCAUCCAUCUUGACGGCACUCGAGCAGUUGCACGAACUGGAUCUACGACACAAUCAGAUUGGUGGUAGUUUGCACCAAUUGGAUUGGACCAAAUGGGCCCAUUUGGAAUACUUGCUCUUGGGAGACAAUCGCAUUACGGGCCAUUUGCCCUGGCAGUUUCCUGCCUUGCAAAAGAUUGUCGACGUGGACUUGUCCAACAAUCAAUUGACGGGCAAACUACCGGCUCUUUCGGAUGGACAAGAUCCACUCGUGGAAUUGGAGAAUCUCUUUUUGGAUGGCAAUGCGUUGACGGGCAGUAUUCCCGAUUCCUUUUUGCGGGAUAUGCCGCACAUUACUUACAUUGGUGUGUCCCAGAAUCAACUCGAAGGAAAGUUGCCCUUUGAUGCGUUGGCGGAAUUGUCCGAAUUGCGAUUCUUGCAUUUGAGCGGAAAUCAAUUGACGGGAGGACUGCCUCCACGCAUGUCCAAAAAGUUGGACACUCUCUCGUUGGGACAAAACAAGCUCGCCGGGGACGUUCCGGACAGUCUCAUCUCGGAUGUGAAACGCUUGAGGCACUUGGAGUUGAGCCAGAAUGAGUUUCAAGGACCCUUGCCGGAACGGCUCGGGGAAUUAACGCAUCUCAAGGACCUACAGUUGGACAGGAAUCAAUUCUCGGGAGAUGUUCCUGUCUGGGAUGCUCUCACGCAUCUGGAAACCUUGAAGCUUCAUGGAAACAAGUUGUCGGGAGAAGUACCGGACGCCGUUUGUGCCAUUGACAGCAGCCAGUCCUUGCAGAUCACGGCCGAUUGUGACACGGGAUCCAUCAAGUGUGACUGUUGCGACCAGUGCUACUAGCUAGCUGGACUGGACUAGAUUAGACUGACUAGCUCAUGGAAUGUUAGGAAGAAUCGCAUGGUGGCUGGUCGGCCACCAAACUUCAUAAAUCAAGUUGAAACUGUUUUGCAUAACUUAUACGCAGAUGUGGGACGGGUUUAGGUGUGUUGCAUGAUCAAAAUCCGAUACGAAUCAUAAGAUAACGUAACGUAGAUCAAGGAUCUAGUACAUUUUUUCAAUCAUUCUCGUCAUCUGGUUCUCUGGAUCAUGUGGAGACACUCAAAAAGCUCCAGUGUGCAGCAGCCCAGAGCAAGGUUCCGCAGUGGACUUCAUCAUCAAGCAAGUUAGACGCCGUUGUUACCCGAUACAAUCAUGGCCAAGGAGACUCCAGUGACAGGCUUGCGAAGGCAUGCAGAAGCUGUUCUUACAGGAGGCCUUCCUUCACCCCUGUCACGAUAAUGAUAUUUGUGCACGUGAACCUGAACGAAUGGGCCACGAUUGGCCACAAGCAUCGUUCACAUUUGAGAAGUACAAGGAAAGUCCUACGGAAUGCUGCCACUGUCUUUGACAAUAUCUACGGAAGCCAGGCCUAAGACGGUCCCCCCUCGAAGAUACAGGAAAGCAGAAUAUACAGGAAAGCAGAAUAUAGGAAAGCAGAAUACAGGAAAGCAGAAUACCUCACAUAGAACAAGAACUAUAUAUUUUAAGCCAGCGGAGCUGUGGCACCUCGGCAGAAAGGUUUCAGUGUAGAAGCAGAUACCC